AUGACAGCGAUGAAGGCUGCCUCGUUGUCUGCAAGGGAAGAUGAGACUGUAGAGAAAACCAUCAAUGGAAAAUCCCCAUGGUACAACACCACACCCAAGGCGAGGGGAGGUCGACGCGGACUUUUUCUCGUCACUCGUGGUCCCACAAUGCAGGCCAAAACAGAAUUUGAGGAAAUGCUGGCAAUGGUGGAGUCGGACCUAUUUGAUUUCGUUAUCGGAUUUGGGGGAUCCUCCACCCUCCCUGGGUUUGUUGGACCCACAGUGCUAGCAUUCAUUCGUGCAGCUGCAGUGUUUGGCUGCACGGACGUAUGGAAGUCCCUUUGUGAUUUGCUUGUCACCAAUCCGGAUGUGCUGGAGCACACUACAGUCACUGUGGUGUAUGCUUGCUAUGCGGAUGGGAGACGCACUGUAGAGAGUAGGGGGGGUGACCAAACAUAG